UUAUCUUUACCGGGUCGGAUCUUGAACAAAGUCUAGUAGUACUAUAUGGGUCGACGGUUCCGGGUUGAUCUCCGGCAAUGACUGCGACGCUUCACUAAUGGAGAGACCUUCCUCGUCGUCAUCCUCAUCGCCUAACGAAGAAGAAGACGAUCUCCAAAACCUACUCGACGAAUCAGAUUCCCAAAUCGAAGCGGCGGAGCAACGACCACCACCUACCUUCGACGUGGAGACUCUCCGAUCACGCUUACGACGAAGCUUCUUCAAGCUCAACCUCACAAAACGGCAGUGCAUUGUCAUCUUCCUCCCUCUACUCCUCGUCUUCGUCUACUUAUCCACCGAUCUCACCAACUACUUCUCCUCCGUCAAGGUCCCGGAUUCCGUUUUCCGACCAAAUCAUGGCCCCGCGGAAUCGGAUCUUCGAGCGCUCUAUCUUCUCAGGAAGCAAGAAACCGAUCUCUCCUCUCUCUGGAACCGAACUCUAUCAGUCUCCGACAUGAAGUCCGCUCUUUUCCGACAGAUGUCGUUGAACAGACAGAUCCAAAACGCGUUACUGUCGCCUCGCAAAGCCGAAAGUCUCGGUCUUUACGGUGGGGGUAGUUGCCGGAGAGUGGAUCAGAAGUUGUUAAAGCGCAAGACGAUUCAGUGGAAGCCGAGGAGAGAUAAGUUCCUGUUCGCGAUCUGCUUGUCUGGUCAGAUGAGUAACCACUUGAUCUGUCUGGAGAAGCAUAUGUUCUUUGCAGCGUUGCUGAAACGAACCCUCGUGAUCCCUAGUCAUAGAUUUGAUUACCAUUACAGUAGAAUUAUCGAUAUCGAUCGGACCAAUACAUGCUUAGGGAGGAAGGUAGUGGUUUCUUUUGAGGAGUUUUGGAAGAGUAGGAAGAAGCACCAUCAUGUCCAUAUCGAUAGAUUCAUAUGCUACUUCUCGAAGCCAGAACCGUGUUAUGUAGACAAAGAGCAUAUUGCAAAGCUUAAAGCUUUGGGGAUUACUAUUGGAGGGAAGGUGGACUCGCCGUGGGAGGAGGAAGAUAUCGCGAAGCCGAGUAAUAAGACGGCUGAGGAAGUGGAGAGGAGUUUCAGAUCCGAUGAUGAUGUUAUUGCGAUUGGAGAUGUGUUCUAUGCUAACGUUGAGAGAGAUUGGGUGAUGCAGCCUGGUGGUCCUUUGGCUCACAAGUGCAAGACAUUGCUUGAACCGAACCGGUUGAUAUUGCUCACUGCGCAGAGGUUUAUACAGACUUUCCUUGGGAGGAACUACGUUGCUCUUCAUCUCCGCAGGCAUGGGUUCUUGAAGUUCUGUAAUGCCAAGAAUCCAAGUUGCUUUUACCCCAUACCUCAAGCUGCUCACUGCAUCGCUUGUCUGGUUGAGAAGGUCGAUGCACCGGUUAUUUACCUCUCUACUGAUGCAGCUGAAAGCGAAACUGGUCUGCUACAAUCACUGUUGAUCAUAAAUGGAAAGACUGUUCCAUUCGUGAAGCGACCACCUCGUGACUCAGCUGAGAAGUGGGAUGCAUUGUUGUACAGACAUGGUCUCGAAGGCGACUCACAGGUGGAAGCAAUGUUAGACAAGACGAUAUGUGCAAUGUCAAGCGUGUUCAUUGGUGCCUCAGGUUCUACUUUUACAGAGGAUAUACUCAGACUCAGAAAAGACUGGGGAACUGCCUCGGUCUGCGAUGAGUAUCUCUGUCAAAACGAGCAGCCUAAUUUUAUAGCCGAUCAUGAAUAGAUUAGGAACACAAUCUCACUUUUUUGUGAGUUCCCAUCAUAUACAAGCAGUCUAAUUCUGUUGUUUUUGUGGUUUGUGCAUAGUUUAUUAGUGUAUCAAAACAAUAAAGGCAUACUUCUCUGUAACCCAUUACUGGUCUGAUGCAUCUGAUACAGUUCCUUCUAAUAUAAUUUGAGUCUUAGUGA